CUGGCACUGCGGCUCAUCAUCCAGGAGCCCGAGUGCCAAGAUGCACUGAUGAUUUAUGCCCCCCACCUCCUCGUGGCUCUGCUUUUCCAAGUCUACAUGAGCACAGAGCAGAUGCCAGAGGAGGUCAAGAUCUUCUGGAGGCAAUGCCAGGAGCAACAUGAGCUUCCCAACGACCCCAACAGGUUUGCAGUACAGACCAUCAAGGCCCUGCUCUGCUGUCUACACUGGGAGGAUGCGGUGGUGGCAAUAGAACGUAAACGUGGCUGGGACACCCUCCUCCAUCCUGACACCCACCAUUAUGCAGUUGGGCUGCUGGCCAGGGAGAUGCGCAGCGUUUUAGUCCCCUUCUAUUCCCUGAUCGCAACCCACCUGCUCAGGCUGCUCAGCAGGGAGGAGCCCCGCUGGGAGCUGCCUGCCUUGGCCAUCCUUGUUGAGCUCCUGGACUAUCUGGAGGGGAGAAAGUGUCAUGAGAGUGUCCUGCCAAUCCUAUCAAGGCACCUGCGCAGCCAGUGCCCUGAGAGCCGUCGCCUGGCGCUCAGAGGACUCCUUGUGCUCAGUGUGGAUCCCUCCAUGGCCGAAAGCAUCUCCAGCCUGGCUGAGCACCUGGUGGAGCUGCUUCAUGAUGGAGACGGAGAUGUGGUCAGCAUGACCCUCUCUGUCUUCCUGAACAUGCUCCAGGACAAGGACAUCGAAGCAUUCAGCUCCACUGCCCCGAAGCUGGCCGAGGCGCUCCAACCACUCUUUGAUAACGACAACACCCACGUGCAGCUGCUCUCCAUACGCCUCUUCCAAGAGGUGAUGGAGUUGCUUGCGGAAGAGGGAAGAAAGACCUUGAAUACGCAGGUGCACCAGAGCCUGGUCCCCCUGUUCUUCCAUCUGCACGAUGAGAACCAGCGCGUGGCAGAGGCCUCUCGGGAAACACUGCUUUCUGCUGCAAGUUUCCUCAAGAGGAGGGAUCUCGAGCAGGUGCUGAGGAGAGAGCAGCCCAUCAAGUUCUGCGAUUGCCUGAUGGACAAGGACGUCAGCCAAAGGGAUGAGCACCUCCACCAAGCCCUGCCAUACCUGCAGAGCCCACAGCAGCCCCUGCGAGAGGUGGCCGUCAGGUUCAUGGGGAUCGCUGCCUGGCACAUGAAAGACCUGCAGCCCGUCAUGAAUGCCCUGGAAGUCAUGACCGAAGACAACUGCCCCUCCUACUCCACCAUGCGCACUGCAGUCUUGUCUGCUUUUCGACGGGCAGUAUCUAAGUAAUCUUCUCCACCAAGACAACCAAUGUGCCAGGAACAGCACCAGACAACAGCAAAAACACCAAUUCUCAGCGGUCCUGGGCUGGACCCAACUGAGCCUGACGGCAAGGCCAGCCAGCUCCUGGCCUCUCCAUCCCUAUGUACAGCUCCCUCCCUCCCUGCUUAUUCCCUUCUCCUGCCCACAGUUCAUCCCUCCCCUUCCCCUUAGGUUAAGAAGAUUCAUU